GCAACCGCUCGCUUCCGCUCAUUGCAGAGCUACUUCCGGUAAACAACUCGCGGUUUCCAAGCAGUGUCGCUCUAAGAUCUUUAGUGUCGUUCAAAGAAUUUUACAUUUUCCUGAACAAAAAUCCCUCUGACUAACUAAAAUGAGUGAACAGAUCAAGUUCGUUGUCGAACAGCUCAAUAAGGACCCCUUCAAGAAAAAUUUCAACCUGAUCACCUUUGAUUCAUUAGAGCCACUGCAGUUGCUACAGGUUCUUAAUGAGGUUCUGGCUGAGAUUGAUCCAAAGCACAAUAUUGACAUACGAGAGGAAGCACCAGAUCAAACAGCCAAGCGAAUGUUUAGCCUUCUGGGAAUUCUGAAGUACAAGCCACCUGGAAAUGUUUCUGAUCUGAAUGCCUUUCGACCAGGUCUGGUCACUGGGAGUAAGUCUAUAAUACAUCCCAUUUUACAUUGGCUCCUACAACGAACAAAUGAUCUUAAAAAGAGAGCAUAUCUGGCACGCUUCCUCGUCAAGGUGGAGAUCCCUGCCGACUUUCUGCAGGAUGAUGUGGUGUCUGACACUUAUCAUCAGUAUGAGGAAUUAGUAGAAGGGUUCAAAACCUUACACAAGGAAUGUGAACAGCUGAAGAACUCUGGUUUUUCAACUGCAGAAAUAAGACGGGAUAUAAAUGCAAUGGAGGAAGAGAAGGAUCAACUCAUUAAGCGGGUCGAACGUUUAAAAAAGAGGGUGGACACAGUAUCAAAUCACCAGCGGAUGUUGGAAAUGGCUAGGCAGCUUCGUGUGGAGAAGGAAAGAGAAGAAUCUUUAAUGCAGCAAAAGCAGGAACAGAAAAAUCAGUUAUUCCAUGCAGAGCAAAGGUUGCAAAGGGCGCAACAGCAGUUGAAGGACCUCCGACAAGCUUCAGCAGAUGCAAAGCCUGAAAGUUUGAUGAAAAGGCUGGAUGAGGAGAUCAAAUUUAAUACGUAUAUGGUGUCUGACAAGCUUCCUAAGGAAUUGGAGAGCAAGAAGAAAACUGUUCAUUUUUUACAAAAAGUGGUUGUGGAACCUGCAAUGGGACAAUCUGAUCUCAGCGAACUUGAAGCUAAGAUCCAGGAAAUUAAUACACAAAUUAAUCAACUAAUUGAAAAGAAGAUGAUGAGAAAUGAUCCCAUGGAUGACAAACUUUUCCUCUUCCGCCAACAGGCUUCUAUCAUUUCCCGAAAAAAAGAAGCAAAGGCUGAAGAGUUACAAGAAUGCAGAGAAGAACUUUUGAGCAUGGAGAAGGAACUGGCUCAGAAAUCAAGUCAGGCUCGUGAUUUUGACGGCACAGAAGUUCUGAAAGGUGAUGAGUUCAAGCGCUACGUGAGCAAGCUUCGUAGCAAGAGCACAGUGUACAAGAAGAAGCGUCAAGAACUGACAGAAUUAAGAGCAGAGUAUGGUGUCUUGCAGAGGACCGAAGAAAUUCUUAAACAGCGGCAUGAAGCCAUACAGCAACAACUGCAAGCAAUUGAAGCAAAACAUGGUAUUACUGGCUUCAGUGACACCCAGGAGGAGCUGGAGAGGGUAUCUGCUUUGAAGAGCGAGUUAGAUGAAGUGAAGGGACGCACACUCGAUGAGAUGUCUGAAAUGAUAAAGAGACUUAAUACUCUUAUUGCUGAAAAGAAAUCUGCUUUGGCCCCAGUCAUCAAAGAACUACGGCCAUUGCGUCAGAAGUGCCAGGAACUAACUCAAGAGUAUGAUGAAAAGAAAGCACUUUAUGACAGCUGUGCAGCAGGCUUGGAAAGCAAUCGAUCUAAACUCGAACAGGAGGUUCAAGGGCUCCGAGAAGAAUGUGGACAGGAGGAAACUAGAUAUCACUAUACCAACUGCUUGAGAAGGAUUACUGAAAGACAGAUACAGCGUGCUGCUGAUGAAAUGAAACUGUACGUAUCUGCAGAUCCACAAGAAAGAAGAAAAGCUGUAAGGGAGCAAUAUAAUCGUAAUAUCCUUGAGCAAGAAAAUCUAGGGAAGAAAUUAAGAGAGAAGCAGAAAGCUGUGCGAGAGAGCCAUGGGCCAAACAUGAAGCAGGUUAAAAUGUGGCGAGAUUUUGAACAACUGAUGGAAUGCAAGAAGCAGUGUUUUCUGAAGCAGCAAAACCAGAAUCCAGUUGGACAGGUGAUUCAGGAAGGUGGGGAGGACAGAUUAAUCUUGUAAACGACUCUGUGAUAUUUACAUUUUUUUUUGCUGAUGUUAGCUUUUUCAGCAGUUAUUUAUUACAGUAAAUUAGAAAUUUUAAUUAACUUGUAAUUCAUUUUACUAACUUUAAUGUAACUUUGUUUUAAACAAUACAACUGUUUUUGUAUUACAACUAUGAGUUUUCAUUAGGUAAAGCACGGGAAGAAUCAUUUCCUUUUUGCUGAACCUAUUACCUAAAAUGAGAGAUAUUCUGUACUGUUUCUGUACUGGAAAGCACUUCAUUAUGCUGAAACUACUGCCAGGUGUUUAUUGUGCCAGCUUAUUUUAAAAUACUUUUUAUCCACUAAAUAUCAUUGUUAACCUUGUGAAAUUUAACAAAGUCGAACAUACCUCCACAGUGCGAAAUCUUUGUGUCUAUUCCUAAACUGGAAAAAUAAACACCUGCCAGUAAUGCUGCAGAGCUUGUGUUAUGUUGAUCACUGCUGCCUUUGUUCUGGAUGCACAUUUGCUGCUCCGACUUUCAGCAUGAGAGAUGCACUGGUAGUAGCUGGAUGGCCCCGGCUAUGGCUCAUCCUGUAAAGAUGCUGAGUGUCGACAACUUUUUCUCUGCCUUCCUCUCCCGAAGCAUCUCUAAUCCAGGGUAGUCCUUCUUAUGGCACUCCCUGUCUGCCUCAGUCUUUGAGAAAGCUUCUAUGAUAUCGGAUUCUCAGAUACUUGGUUGUGAUGCUGCCUCCUCAUCUACAAUUUGCUGUUGAGCCAAUUCCUGACUUUCUUCAUUGGUGAGUAAUCUGCCUGUGAGAAAGCUCUUACCCAUGCCCUGCAUAGUAUCCUUACUGACCUUGAAUCUGCCUGGUUGACUCUCUUGGUGGUAUAGUUAGUUGGUGGUCACAUCUUCCAUGUGAGGUGAUGUUUCUUCACCUCUUCCAGUGACGUUUCCAGUUGUGCCUUCCACUAAACAGUCAUACUGUUGGUUGUGACUUUCCCGAAGGAUACUCUGAUAUUGUCAAUGAGCUUAAUGUUGUAAUACUUCCAGAAGUCCUUAAUGGACUGCUGUUACCCACCAUUCUCCUUGACCAGCUAGCUGAAGAUGUAGCUGAGGUUUUACUUGAAGGUAGCUAUGAUGCAUUGGUCCAUGGGCAGGAGGGGAGACAUGAUGUCUGUCAGGAGGAACACGUCCCAUGGGUAGUGUAGUACAGAGUGAAUUUAAGUUCUCCCAGUACCCUCUGGCAUUGUCAAGAAGGUACAAGCCUUUGGGUUUGAUGCCAUCACAGUAUCUUCAUAGUAUCUCCUCACUGUGGGACAAAAUAUAGAAACAAAUUGUUGUUAAAAGAUGUCUGUGUCUCCCAGAUCUUUUGGUUCAAUUUCUGGGUGACCGCCAACCCCUUCGUCACUUGUGGUGUUCCUGAAUGAUAGACGAGGAAGGGCUUCAGCUUAAUAUCUCUUGAAGCGUUGCCGCUCAGCUUGGCUGUAAGACAGCCUUUGACGCUUUGAGCCCCAAUGCAUACAUCUCUGGAAAUUAAGUUUGUAAUGCAUGUGCAGCCAGAAAAGCCCCUUCUCUUCUUCAAACGCAAGCUGUGGGGUGUAAAUGCCUUCAUAUAAAUCCAUGCUGCAAUUACUAUCUGGCAGGCAUUCCCAUACAUUCAAUAUCAUCAAUGUAUCUGAUGCCCUUGAUUUGGUUAUGUAAGUAACAAUAAAUGGAGUUGCUCAUAUUAAAAACAAUACUUAUUUGACUUCAAAUACAAAUAAUGACAGUGUUUUAAUGUUCCAGAAUUUCCAGAAGCCAUUUCCUUUCUGCAUUAUUGAAAUCACAUUUCAUCAAAAUGUAGGAGAAAACAGUUGGUGAGGGAACAAGUCUCAAUGGCUAAUUAGCCAUUUGUUGCCUUUUUUCAGAUUUAUUGAUUUAAAAGCCUCUAAUGCCAUCGGUAAAGAUUCUUAGCAGCUGAAAAUAAAACAAUCAGCAGGGAACUCAGUCUUUUGGAGAAUUUUUAGACUCUGCCUAAUAUGGUGUGCAGUUGUCACUGUCAAUUAUUCUUCAGAUGAAACGAAACCUUGCAGGGAAUAUACUGAUUUCAACCCAUAGCUACAUUUAUGGAGUUCUAUUCUAAUAUUUAAUCAGCUUAACAUUGGAAAAAAUAAACCCCAAAUCUGUUCCUCUUUUAUAUAUUCUCAAAAUGGGAAGCUCAUCGUCCAACACCAAUUUUUACAUUUAAAUACAUUAAGCGACAAGGGACAGGAUUGAAAAAGCACUUGCAAUCUUACUCCACUGAGGUCAAAAUGAAAUGACGUAUGACUCCUGAUGGCAAUUGUUAAUCUAUCCUAUUACUUAAUCCCACCACGUCUGCUUGCUGUUGUGUUUAAAAAGAUUUUUUAAAUGGAAAUACAUUUUUAAAUUAAAAAUAACACGGGUAAGAGCUGGCCAGCAAUAUUACCACAAAUACCGAAUUGCCUGAAUUAUUUAUAACAGAUGGUAUUAUAAUAAUUAUUUGCUUAAUACAUGCCAAAUAUUUUUUUUAAUUUUAUUGUAAGAAUAUGAGUAUGCAACAUAGAAACGAUAGGUAACUAUGCUGGGAUGUUGUUAAGCUGUCACAGUAAGAAUGCAAUGUUUAAGCAUGCAUUUUUAUAAAGAUACCCUUUGCAGUUCGUUGAAAAUACCAUCUAACAAUUUGUUUUAGAGAUGGCUGUAAUGUAUGCCACAUACAAAUCUAAAUCGAGUACAUACAUUUCUGCAGCAUGAUUAUGAAUUAUCAACAAUUCCUAUUUUUAUGUUCCAAUUUCUCAAUAAACUGAGCAGUUUCCACCACA